UGGCAGAUUAAAUUGGGAUCGGUUAAGUUGGCUAAGCAGUACAUGAGAAGAGUUGCUACAGAGCUUCAAAUCAAGGGAACAUCAGAUAAAGAUUCUUCAAUGGAUUAUAUGUUGCUUCAAGGAGUCAGAUUUGCUUUUCGUAUCCAUCAGUUUGCUGGUGGAUUUGAUGUGGAUACAAUGCAUGCAUUUGAGGAGCUUCGGAAUGUGGCUCUAGUUUUAAACAAAAAGUAAAAUGAAAAGAGGUUUUUUGAGGGAGGGAAAUAUGGAUUUUUGUAUAGAGAAUGAUUUAAGAUGGUAGUUUUGGUUUGAAGAAAAAAUGAAGGGUGGUUAGAUAUGGAUAUGGGAUAUGGUCAAUAGAGGUGCAAUCAUUAUCUUAUAUUUUUCUAAGUAACUACAAAAAUUAUAUAUGUAUUAGGGG